AUGGACCCAUCCAAGCAGCCUACAAACGGUGACGACAGGAAGGAUGUGCAGGAUCGUAGUCACCCAGCUGAAGGAAGCUUUGAAACAUCUCAGCCAAGCCUCGUACGGGGGGACACUUUGGGCGAAGACGAAGCUAGUCGUUUGAAAGAGCUUGCCACAGAAGUGAGGGAUCAAGAUGACCUCGAGCGGGAUAUCGGUCGUCAAGCAGACCAGUUGCUCACCGAGCAAGCGGAUGAGAGGGACAAGAAGCGUCUGGAGAAGACUCGGGGAGACAAGGAAAAGCUAGAAAGUCAAGUUCGGAGACUUCGCGAACGUAGAGGGCGUCCUACGGGGUCGGCUACGGCUACACGUCUCAAUGCGGAGAUCUCACAUCUUGAAGCUAGUAUCAGGGCUUUCAUGAGUGAUCUCGAGCAAAUACAGGCACGCAUUGAUGAGAGACACGCAGACGAAGUCCAUGAUGACGUUCACCCUGACGAGGAAGCAGGGAAUCGAAGAAUGCCGAAUGAAAGCCAGCGAGAUUUUCUCAUCCGAACAGGAAAAAUAACUCCAUUCUCUAAAUUGCCCGGCAAGACACUCAGCCGUGAUGAUUCUACCCUUCAAGGUGUACUCUUGGGUGCUGAGGAAGAGGAAGCUGAAACUGAAAUUGGCGAUGAUACGCCCCAGACCACGGAGAAACUGUCCCACCGCAACCUACUUCAACCUGGCUUCAGGGAGGAUGAGGAGGAUGAGUCUCCUCUUGAGGUGCCAGAAGACUCAGAUAGGCCAAGGAAGCGGCGACGUUUGCACACGAAGAAUUCGCCCGCUGAAGGACACACCAAUGGUUUACAGCAGACCUCUACAGCGAAGGUGAAAGCGGAAAGGGGGGCAUCCUCUGAAGAUGAAGGGGAUAAUUAUAUCCCAGAGUUGGACGAUCGCGACAUGGCAGCUCUGGGUGAGGCGGAACUUGAGUCUGAUGAGGAGUCGGAAGACGCCAGAUUCCUGGACACGACGCCUCCACGGAGAGCUGGAGGCAGGCGGAAAAAGAAGCCUCCGGUUGAGAUUGAAAAAGAGGACUUGAAUGGCCUCGAUGAUGGGAAUGAACGCUUAUACCAGAAUCGCUUGCGCAGCUGGGUCAGCAGGAGGAGCGCGACACGAGCGAAAGCCACAGCCAGAGCAGCCGAGAGUUCAGUAGCGGAGUCCGAUACUCCGAUGGACGAUGUUCCGGCGAUCACAGAGACACAAAAUGGCCACGACUCAGAAGAGGAAUGGCACCAGCCACACCCUGUCACACCAGAUACUGAGUUCGAGGGUGGUUAUCGCAUCCCAGGAGACAUAUAUCCUUCCCUUUUCGAUUACCAGAAGACCGGUGUUCAAUGGUUGUGGGAGCUUUAUUCGCAACAAGUGGGUGGUAUUGUAGGUGAUGAGAUGGGCCUGGGAAAGACGAUACAGAUAAUUGCAUUCUUGGCCGGGCUGCACUAUAGUAAGAAGAUUACGAAACCCAUCAUUGUUGUGGCGCCAGCUACAGUGAUGAAGCAAUGGGUCAAUGAAUUCCACACUUGGUGGCCACCCUUCCGUGUAUCAAUCCUCCAUACUUCUGGGAGUGGCAUGGUUGACCUGGGUCGAGAGUCUCGGGAAGAAGAUGAGCUGAUGUCGGCACCUCCAAGAUCGAUAGGAAGCAAGCCUUUGACCAAGGCUCAGAUAUCGGCAAAGAAAAUCGUGGAUCGUGUAGUUCAAGAAGGACAUAUCCUAGUCACGACUUAUUCUGGACUCCAGAGUUACGCGGAGCUUCUGAUCCCAACAGACUGGGAGUACGCCGUGCUUGACGAAGGGCAUAAGAUUCGCAACCCAAAUACCGCUAUCACUAUAUAUUGCAAGGAAUUAAGAACGGCAAACCGUAUUAUCUUAUCAGGCACGCCUAUGCAGAAUAACCUCGUGGAGCUGUGGUCUCUUUUUGAUUUUGUCUUUCCAAUGCGACUUGGUACCCUGGUUAAUUUUCGCCAACAGUUCGAGUUCCCUAUACGGCAAGGUGGGUACGCCAAUGCUUCAAAUCUUCAAGUCCAGACCGCCAUGCAAUGUGCCGAGACAUUGAAAGAGACGAUAUCCCCAUACCUCCUGCAAAGAUUCAAAGCUGAUGUUGCCUCUGACUUGCCUAAGAAGAGCGAGCAGGUGCUUUUCUGCAAGCUGACAAAGUUCCAGCGUGACACAUACGAGAACUUCCUUGCGUCCGAUGAUCUGAAAGCCAUUAUGAAUGGCAAACGUCAGAUCUUGUACGGUGUUGAUAUCCUUCGGAAGAUUUGCAACCAUCCAGACCUGCAAGAUCAUAAGAUUCUUUCCGUCAAGCCUGGCUAUAACUACGGUAGUGGCGCCAAGUCGGGCAAGAUGCAAGUUGUGAAAGCAUUGCUGGAGCUCUGGAAAGAGCAGGGGAAUAAGACUUUGCUCUUUGCUCAGCAUCGGAUCAUGCUCGAUAUCCUUGAGAAGUUCAUUGGGUCUCUAGGAGGCUUCAACUAUCGCCGCAUGGACGGCACUACCCCUAUUCACACUCGGCAGGGCUUAGUGGAUGAAUUCAACAACAAUCCCGCCGCUCACGUCUUCCUUCUCACCACAAAAGUGGGGGGCCUUGGUAUCAAUCUUACUGGAGCCAAUCGAGUCAUCAUCUACGACCCGGACUGGAACCCAUCAACCGACGUCCAGGCGCGUGAAAGAGCUUGGCGUUUAGGUCAGAAACGAGAGGUCAUGAUCUAUCGACUAAUGACCGCGGGGACCAUCGAAGAGAAGAUAUACCACCGCCAGCUUUUCAAGCAAUUCCUCAUCAACAAAAUAUUGAGGGAUCCGAAGCAACGACAGACAUUCCAGAUGAAGGAUCUACACGACUUAUUCACGCUUGGUGGAGCUGACGAGCCUGCUACCGAGACCAGUACGCUCUUCAAGGGUACUGAGGUACGAUUUGACAACGAAGAGCCACCUGCCGAGCCGGUUAUAAGCAGUGACACCAGUGGCGCGACACCAGCCAGUACUGUCCAAGGAGGUGACAACGCCUUCACCGUCCGCAAUUUGAACGGGGUAGCUUCAAUGGAGCGCUUCUACGGUGAAGAGGAAGAGGAACGCAAGGCUGCUGCCUCUAACGGAGCUGCGAACUCAGAAGCCCGUGUCAUGGAAGGCAUCUUCGCUAAGUCUGGGGUACAAUCUGCCUUGGAGCACGAUCAGAUCGUCAAUGGCAAGAAAGUUAUUACGGCUGACCCGAAGAUGAUCGAAAAAGAGGCCAAGAGGGUUGCAGCUGAGGCUGCGAAAGAAUUGAAGAAAGCAGGUGAAGCGGCAAGAGAUGUACCAGUAGGUACUCCGACGUGGACUGGCCAAUUUGGAACAGCUGGAAGACCAGAGCAGCAACAGCGAGGACUUGGUCGAGGAAGGGGCGGACCAGCUUCUUCAAGCAUUUUAGCAGGUUUGCAGAACAGGCAAGCGGCAAUCGGCGUCGCCGCUGGUUCAAGAGGGAGUACGUCAAACAGCAAUGCUUCGGGACCAAGGGGUACCGAUUUUAUCAAGAUGAUACGAGACUAUCUCGUCGUUCAAGGAGGGCAAGUGCAUACGCAGAUGUUGAUCGAUCAUUUCAACCGAUACUGCAACACACCAGAGAAGACGGCGGAGUUCAAGGCGAUGCUCACAGAGAUCGCGAAACUGGAGCGAGGUACCAGAGGGAGAGGGCGUUGGGUCUUGAAAGAUGAAUACAAAUCAAAAGCAUGA